AGUCAGUGUUUUUUUAAAAUUUUCGACCAACAUCAUGGAUAAUUUAUUUAUUUACUUAUUCAAAAAUGAACUGGACUUUUCAGAACAAAAGCGGAAUGCCAUAUCUUGCUCUUCAAUUUCUCUUCUCGUUCGAUCCUUCAGCUUAGCCUAAAGAUGUACAGAUUGUCGCUCGAUGUGGAGCAGCCGCACUCAAUGGGAACAACUAUUAUCGGCGUCACGUACAACGGUGGCGUCGUCCUUGGCGCCGACUCCCGCACUAGCACUGGGAUGUAUGUGGCAAAUAGGGCUUCGGAUAAGAUCACUCAGCUCACUGAUAAUGUCUAUGUUUGUCGCUCUGGAUCGGCUGCAGAUUCACAAGUUGUUUCAGAUUAUGUUCGCUACUUUCUACACCAACACACAAUUCAGCUUGGCCAGCCAGCGACUGUCAAGGUUGCGGCAAGUCUGGUUAGGCAACUAGCCUAUAACAAUAAGGCUAUGCUUCAGACAGGAAUGAUUGUUGGUGGAUGGGACAAAUACGAAGGUGGCAAAAUAUAUGGGGUUCCUCUUGGGGGUACUCUCUUGGAGCAGCCUUUUGCUAUUGGAGGAUCUGGAUCUAGUUACUUGUAUGGUUUCUUUGAUCAAGCUUGGAGGGAAGGCAUGUCUCAAGAAGAAGCAGAGAAACUAGUUGUGACUGCGGUGUCUCUCGCCAUUGCACGAGAUGGUGCGAGUGGAGGCGUAGUACGCACUGUAACGAUCAACAAAGAUGGAGUUAAUAGAAAGUUCUAUCCGGGUGAUACUCUUCCACUGUGGCAUGAAGAGAUGGAUGCUGUGAACUCACUGCUGGAUAUUGUGCCCGCAGCAAGUCCAGAACCAAUGAUAAGUUGAGAAUAGAAAAUUGACUGUCCACAUGUAUUCUUCCCCUGAUAUGCCAGUACUGUCUCCCUGAUGUGGAUUCUCUGGUCAUGCCUGCCCUCCCUUUACGCUCUUUGACCUUAUAUACAUACUAUUAAGGCUGAUAAUUUUAUUUAUGUAAUGUCAUAUUUGCUUCAAAACAUUUAUUUCUUCACUCUUUCAAAACAGGAAAAAGAUGGGACUUUUCCUUC